AUUCUCUGGAGACUUUUGGUCCUGUUCUCAUCCUCUUGGCUAUUGCUGCCUGUGUUUGCCCGCUGUCUCUGAGCAUUCAAGCAAAGUCAAAACUUUGUUGGUUGCUUUUGCCAGCAUGAUUGCCGUGGCCCUCCUGUAUUUUCUUGGACUUUAUGUCUCCAAACUUCACUGUACCCGGGUACACUGCCAUUGCCUUCAACACAAACCUACUUCCAUUGAACUUAAUUCUGCAGAGAGCCCAAGACCGGUGGAGGAGAAACCCAAACGUCGAAGACUCCUUUCCCUGGACACAUUUAGAGGAUUUUCUCUCACCAUCAUGGUUUUUCUGAACUGUGGAGGCGGGGGCUACUGGUUCUUUGAGCACGCUGCGUGGAAUGGUAGGGAACAACUUCCCAUUGCAUUUGCUGCAUCCCUAAGCACUUUAUACAAAUCAGCAAACUCAUUAUUGAUCUCCAAAAGAAACAGGAAUUAAUAUGGCCUACCAUAUCCUCUGUAGGUAAAGAGUAUUUAACAAUGAACUCUGCUUAAACUUCAUAAAAGCCUCUUCAGCAAAUCAGCAGGAAAAAAAUAUUGAUCUUAAAAUAAGCAUGUGAAUGCUAAUUGUAUUUUGCCUUUCCACUGGAGGACCAUUACUUUAUUUAGCUGGAGUUCAUCCUUUAAUUUUAUUGUCUCAGUGCAUUGUCUAUGAGGCCAUUUUCUUUAGGUUUAAGCAAGGUCUGUAACAGCUCCGUUUUGCUGACCCUUCCUUUUUUGCAAGGAGUAUAUUGACUUCUGAGAGCUAGAGAAGCUUUUAAGAUCAUGUUACAGUCGCCCCAAUCUGAGUUACAUAUUGUGUAACAAUGGUUUCCUGUU